AUGGAUUUCGUAAAGAACUUCACCGGCGAUAAUAACAAGGAGGGCGAGCAAAAGCCCAACCAGGAGCAGAAGUCAUCUGGCGGCUUCAUGGAUAAGCUCAACGGCAUCGCCGGCGGCGGUCAGCAAGGAGAGAAGAACGAAGACACUGUCGACAAGGGAGUCGAUUGGGUCCAGGAACAUGUCCUUGGCCAAGGAGAUCAAUCCAACGAGAGUGCCAUCGAGCAGGCGAAAGAUGAACAGAUCAGCGAUUUCAUCCGCAAGCAAUACAAGGGAACCACUGGAAAUGAGCUUCCCAUCGCUGACAAGGAGCACUAA